AUGGCCGAUAUCACCCCACCCGAUCCAAUUGACGAGGAGUCGUCCGGCGCUGUGCCACUCGAGAGUCGUCCUAAGGAGAAGCGCCGCCAGAGACUUCUUCAAGGCAUUCAGCGCAUGUCUUCCUCUCCUUCGUUACAACAAAUCGGUCGUGCUCGGUCUUCAAGCUCCCCGUACGGCAUGCGAGGUAGUUUAUCAUGCGCGAGUCUCGCAGCGACGCCUGCUUUCGGACAAUCCACUUCUGGCAGCGUUACACCGGGCUAUUUCUCGAAUGCCCAGUCUUCCAUACCCGGCAGCCCGGCGGCUGAGCACACUGGGUUUGAUGGCAUUGAAACUCGUAUAGCACGGAAAGUUCCUAAUGUUUCUACGACGCAAUUAAAUCCAACUACCGUCUCUCUACCCGCUGAUGUCGCGGCUACGAGGUCCAGAUCCGGCACGGUUCGAAAACUCCCCUUUGACUUCUGGGCUAGAAUGCCUGACGAGAUUCGACUUCACAUUUUCUCCUACCUCCGGCCGAAAGAACUCAUUCGUAUUUCGCGUAUAAGCAAAGAAUUCCAAAAGUUCUGUUUUGAUGGUCAAUUAUGGACUCAUUUCGAUGCUACCGAGUUCUAUAUGGAAAUACCUGCAGAGGCUCUAGCCAAGAUCAUUCUUGCGGCUGGUCCUUUUGUGAAAGACCUCAAUAUCCGCGGGUGUCUCCAAAUUGAGCAUUAUAAGCGAGCCGAGGUCAUUGUCACGGCCUGCAAGAAUUUGAUCAACGCAACUUUAGAGGGGUGUCGAAACUUUCAACGGACUACUUUACACAAUCUCAUCAAGUCUAACGAGGGGCUUGCCAACUUGAACCUUACAAGUAUGACAGCGGUAACAAAUAGCACAUGCAAGAUCAUUUCCCAACAUUGCCCCCAGCUUGAAACUCUCAAUGUCUCGUGGUGCAAGUACAUGGAUGCUCGUGGGGUCAAGAUGGUAGUUCUAGGGUGUCCAAGGCUACGAGAAUUAAGAGCUGGAGAAAUUAAAGGUUUUAACAGCAUUGGGGUAGCAGAGGCUAUAUUCACAACGAAUAAGCUCGAGCGGUUAGUGUUAAGUGGUUGUGUGGACCUUGACGACGAAGCGUUCAAAACUAUGAUCCAUGGUACUGAACCCGAAAUCGAUAUCUUAACAGAUCGACCGGUAGUUCCACCGAGGAAGCUUCGACAUCUAGACCUAAGCCGGUGCUCACAGCUGACUAGUCAAGCUGUAGGUGUAUUGGGUCACCUCGUUCCUGACCUGCAAGGUUUACAAUUAAGCGGGUGUACCUCGUUAACCGACGCGGCUCUGCAGCCGAUUCUUGCCUCGACUCCUCGUCUUACCCACCUGGAAUUAGAGGAACUAUCGGAAUUGUCCAACGAUUUCCUCUCUGAGCACUUGGCCAAAGCCCCGUGCGCUCCUAAGCUUAAGCAUCUUUCCGUAAGCUACUGCGAACAUCUCAGUGACAUCGGUAUGCUGCCCGUUAUGAAAAAUUGCGUUAGCCUGGAGAGCGUGGAUAUGGAUAACACGCGAAUCGGCGAUCUGGUUCUCACAGAAGCUGCGGCUAUGGUUAGAUCUCGGUCAGCUAGGACACCUCUAUCUGCUUCACGUCCCCAUAUUGGUCUCAGGCUCGUUGUAUAUGAUUGCCAAAUGGUGACGUGGACUGGUGUCCGAGAGAUCUUAUCUUGGAACGCCGAAAUCCGACGACCUUCCGAGAGGUCGACUACAUAUCCCACUGAGAUCAUAGGCCUCAAAUGUUUCUACGGGUGGCAGCAGACAGUAGAGCAGCACACGCAGCGAGUGCUGAAAGGCGAUUUUGCUGCCGCUGCGAGACUAGAGAGGAAGUGGGCAGAUUACAUGCAAGCUGUUGAGGAAGCAGGGGCUGGGGGCGCAGGCUCCCGGCGGCGCCGACGUCGCGCCCGGGCCGCUCAGAUGCUUCACGCUGAUGAGGAAGGAGGACCUGCUGCAGGUCGCCGCCGGGCACGAACCGUAGCGGCCAAUUGCGUUGUCAUGUGA